UAAGUCAAUGUAAAAAAAAAAACACAUACACAUAAAAAAAUAACGACAAAAAAAAAAAGUGUCCCGUCAAGUAAUGUGAAACUAAGAGAGCCAGUUCUCGAUAGUGCAAUUCUAAUAAAAUAAAAAAAAUAAGUGUCAGGUGUAUUAUUAUAAUUGUCAUGUUAAUUAAAAUAAAAAUGAGUUUAUUAAGUUAAAUGUGUUCAAGUGUAUCAUUGACCUGUAAUCAUAAUCAUAACAAAACUUAUUUUGUCAAAGUCAAGCUCCAACAAUUGUCAAAAAAAAAACAAAGAAAAAUAAAUAAUACAAAUCAACAAAUAAAUUAAUUGUCAUAACAAGUAAACAAAUAACUCAAUAUGAAUUAAACAAAAAAAUAAAAUAAUAUAUAGUCAAAAUAAUAUAUGUAUACAUAUACCCACACAGAUAAGAUAGAAUGACGAUGUCUCUAGUUUCACAGUGAUUCAUGAUAUAUUUUUCAUCAUCAUCAUCUCAAUGAGAGAAAAAUAAAUUAACAAGAAGAAAAUAAAAUUAUUAUAAAUUAUAUAAAACUAAUGAGACAAAAGUUGAGAUUAUUUAAAUUUUUAAUUGACAAAUAAAUAUAUAAAAAUAUAUUUAAAAAAUAGAGUAAAAUAAUAACAACAAAUAGAUAUUAAAGCUACAAAAUAAAAAAAAGAAAAAGAAGAAUAAUAUUGUGAUGGAAAGAUGUUGAUUGUUUAUAACAAUAAUUGGCAUGGGUUCACAAUCAUUGGAAAUAUUGAGACAGGGUAUUUGGGCGAGUUUGACAGGAGGCUGGUUUUACGAUCCUCAUCUAGAUUCAUUUUCAAAUGUAUUUCAUCUAUAUGUUUGGCUCUUUCUACUUUGUUUACCAUUCACAAUAUACGUGUUUUUUCCACCAACUUUUUACGUAUGGCUUACUUAUUGUGCAUCAAUUGGUACGUUAUUUGGUACAAUAAAAUUUAUAAAUCAUGCAUUACACAAUGUUUACGAUACAAACGAAUGUGUGGAGGAACCAGGACCAUGUGUUUGUCAAAAAAAAUCAGAAAGCGAAAAACGAGUUACACGUAGUAAAUGUCAUGAUAGAUGCCAGGAUCAAGUUGAUCUUGGUAUUGAAUUACAAGUUUUAAAUGGAAAAACAGAUACACCACCAGUUGAAUGUUCAUCAAGAAAUUCAUAUAUUGAACAAAAUUUACCAAAUGGUGAUGGUGAUAGUAUAACAUCUGAUUAUCAUCGUGAUAAACAAAAUUCAACAAUUGAUUUAAAAGUUGAAAUACAUAGAAAAAAUAGUUCUGAAAGUUCUGAAGAAACUCAACAAUUAAAUAAACCAACAAUAUUAAAUAUAAAUAAUGAAAAUGAUAAUAAUAAUGAGUUAGUAUCAUCAUCAUCACAAGAACAUGAACCAAGACUGAGAAAUAAAAUGAAUGAAUGGCGUUUAAAACGUCAAAAAUGUGUUGUUAUUGCUGAAGAAGAUAGAGCUGUAUCAAGAAAAUUAUGUAGACAUGCAUCUGAAGAUUCACAAAGUCGUCAUACAAAACAAGGUACACUUGGUAAAACUGGAUCAGAAAGUAGAAUAAAACAAACAAGUUCACUUGAGCUUGAACAACACAAUGAAGAUUAUCCAUAUUGGAAAUCAAAUCAAAGUGUUAGAAGAUUAACAUCAAAUUCAAAUCCAAUGGAUAAUAAUUUAACAACUGAUCAUCCACAAAGUUUAGAAGUUAUUUCAAAAAAAAGUGAUAUGAAUAAAAUUAAAAUGCCAACACAUCCACAAUCACUUGAAGUUAUUGCUAAAAAACUUCAUCAACAACUUGUACAUCCACAAAGUUUAGAAACAAUUGGUGCAACAAAUAAAAAUACAAAUUCAUCUGAUGACAAUAAUUUACCAUUAUAUCCACAAAGUUUAGAAACAAUUAAUACUAAAAAAUCAUUACCACAAAAUACAUUAAAACGUAAUCAAUUACAAUUACUUCCAUAUUUAAGUUAUGGCUCAGAAAUUGUACAUCCAAUUGCUGAACAAAGUGAUGAACAAUUUACGAAUGAUAAUGCUGGUGGUUUUAAUUUACGUAGUUCAUAUAGUCCAUUAUUAAAUAUUAAAAAAAUUGGUGGUGAUAAUGGUGCAUGUUCAAGUCGUGAUAGAAGUCUAAGUACUGGUGGUUUUGAAGAAAGAUUUUCAAGUUUUAAUGGCGAAAUUAUUAUUGAUGGUGAUUCAGUAAAUUCACGUGAAGCACUUAUUGAUGGUAGUAAACAAAAUUAUAAAAGACGUUUUAGUAAUGCAAGUCAAAGUAGCCAUGAAUUGUCUGAUAAUGAUAGACGAAAAGAUACACAAGAUACACAUUCUUGUAAAUUAGAUGAUCCAAUUAAUUCUGGAAGUAUUGUUGGUAUUGAUUGGCUUUUUAAAAAUAGUGAUUAUGGUGUUGAACCUUGGGCAAAUAAAAUAAUUUGGACAUUCAAUCGUUUUGAUGAUACUGACACAUCAGAGAGUCUACAAACACCUAGUACCGAUUAUUUUCAUGGAAAAGAACCAGAUUCUGGUUCAUCAAGUACAACAACAUUAAGUAUUGACAACGAAGUUAAACGUACCCUUCUUCCUCAACCAAUAGUGUCUGAUACAAAACGUAAUCAAGGUGCAAUACCUAAACAAAACCGUCCAAAAAUAAGUAAUGAUAAUUUGCACGAUACGCAAUCAUCAAUUAUCAAUGAACCAUCAUCAUUAAUAACGACAACAACCACAACAAUACCAACAACACCAACAGCAACAGCAACAUCAACAGUAUCAUCAGUACCACCAAUAACAUCAACAACACGUUCAACAAAAGUUCGUCGUUUAUCAGAAACACGUAGAAAUCAUAACCGUACAAAAGAACAAAAUUAUCAAAAACCAAAUAAUAAUAAUAGUAGUAAUAAUAGUAAUAAUAAUGAAUUAAGUAUAUUAUUAUCAAAACCAGUACCACCAUUAUUAGAAUCGCUAAUUAAAUCAGAUAAUCAAGCAUCAAGUAGUAAUAAUGGUAUGUCAAUUGAUACUGUUGCACCAGGACGUAUACCAGUACAAAAUUUAUCACGUCGUAAUCGUCAAAGAAGAUUAAAACGUCAUCAUAGACCACAUCGUGGUCCACGACAUCAACAGCGUGAUGAUAAUUUUGCACCAAUUGCAGCAUUAGUUGGUUUAAUGACAAAUGGUGAAUGUCAUCUUGCAACAAAUCAUAAUGAUACAAGUGAAGGUGCUGUACAUUGUUUUCGUGAUGAUAAUGGACAUUUAUUUGCUUAUACAUUUGAUGAAAAAGGUUCUGGUAUUGCAACAACAACACCAAUACCAAUUGGUAAUAAUGAUAAAUUAAUUAAUAAAUUAUUACGUCAACAAAUUAAUCAUAAUAAUCAUCAAUAUGAUGGUAAUUGGGAUAUUGGUGAAUCAUUAAAUAAUAGUUAUAGUAGUUUAUCACUUAAUUCAGCUGGUUUAACUGUUAUUAUUGAUACACCACCACCAUCAACAGCAUCAGCAACAGCAGUACAAUUACAACCACAAUUACAACUACAACAAUCAGUUGAAUCAAGUCCUGGUAAUAAUAACAACAACAACAACAACAAUAAUACCAAUAUUAAUAUAGCAAAAUUACAAUCGCCAAAUAUAGUGCCAGGAAAUAAUAAUAAUAAUAAUAAUAAUAAUAACAACAAUAAUAGCUAUAAUGGAUUACAUUUUACACAAGGUGUUAUGCUUGAACCAGAAUUUUUUCGUAUGAUUACUGAAAGAUAUACUGGUAAUCGUAAUUUAAUUGGUAAUAUUAAUAAUCAACAAUUAAAUACAUUACCAAUAAGUGGUUUACCAGUACAAUCACAUCAAGAUACUGAUAUUAAUACAAGUUUAUCAUGGAAUCGUUUUAUUGAUGGUCUAGAUGGACAAAAUGAUAUUAAACUAAAACAAACACGUCAUUAUUAUAAUUGGAAAAUAUUAAAUAAAUUACCAACAAUAAAAUUGCGUUUUGAUAGAUUAUCAUUAUUAGCAUUACUUGAUAAAAAUUUAACAAUAAUUGAAACAAUAAUAUCAAUAAUAUUGGCAUUAUUUGUUGGUGGUUUGGGACUUAAAUUAUUACAAGAAGGUUUUUAUCGUGAUAUAUAUGCAUUUUUUUUUUGUUUUGUAACUGCUGGAUGUCAAUAUUCAUUAUUAAAAUCAGUACAACCAGAUUCAGCAUCACCAACACAUGGUUUUAAUAGAAUUAUUGUAUUUUCACGUCCAUUUUAUUAUAUUAUUGUAUCAAGUAUUAUUAUAAUACUUAAUGAAACAUCAAAAAAUUUUAAAAAUUCAGAAUUUAAAGUUUAUGGUUUUCGUAUUAGUGAUUAUGAUACAAUAAUACAAACACGUAAUAUAUUUUUAAUAUUUUUAUUAUCAUUUCCAAUAUUAUUUUCACUUGGUUUAUUUCCACAAAUAAAUACAUUUAUAAUGUAUAUAUUUGAACAUUUUGAUAUACAUUUAUUUGGUGGUACAGCAACAACUGGUUUAGUAUCAUCAAUAUAUUGUAUAUCACGAAGUUUAUUAACUGUUGCAUUAUUAUUUGCAUUUGCAUAUGGUGCAUUAACAGAACCAAAAUCAUCACAACAUAUAUUAUUUUCAAUAUUUGCUGGUUUAUUAGUUGCUGUAUCAUAUCAUUUGAGUCGUUCAUCAUCUGAUCCAAGUGUCAUAUGGGAUAUUGUUAAAAGAAAUUUAUUACAAGUUGAUGAUUUAAAAAUUGAAGAAUCUGAAGCUAAAAUUAUUGAAAAUACAUCAAAAAAAGAUGCUGCAAUACCAUCAACAACAAUUUAUACAAAAGAUCAUCAUAAAAUACGACAAAAUAAUAAUAAUAAUAAUAAUAAUAAUAAUAAUAAUAAUAAUAACAAUAACAAUUCAAGAAAAAAAGAUGUUAAAAUUAAAGUUGGUGAACAAUUAUCUGAUACUGAAUUAAUUGAUCCAUUACCAAAUAAAUUACGUUCAACAGUUAAAGCACGAUUAAAAAAUGACAUAAUUGUUUGUUGUUUAAUUGGUGUAUUAUCAUUUAUAAUACAUUUUUCAACAUUAUUAACAAUACUACAGCCAGAAUUAAAUUUAGUACUAUGGGGUAUUGUUAGUUGUUUAGGUUUUAUAUUACAUUAUAUUGUACCACAAUUACGUAAACAAUUACCAUGGCUUUGUUUAGCAAGACCAGUACUACGAUCAAAUGAAUAUGCAUUAUUUGAAGUACGUGAACCAGUUAAAAUAAUGUGGUAUGAAAGAGUAUAUGUUUGUUUAUGUUUUAUUGAACGUAAUAUAUUAUAUCCAAUAGUAUUUUUAACAGCAUUAACUGAUUGUUCAUCAAAAAUAAUAAUGAAAUAUGGUGAUGGUAUUGGUGCAUUAAUAAUUGUAAUAUGUGGAUUAAAAAGUAUACGUUCAUCAUAUGCUGAUUCAUCAUCACGUUAUUUAAUAUUGAUAUUUUCAGUAUUAUUUUUUAAUUAUGAUUUAAAAGAUAAAAAUAUUAGUGAAACAUUUCUUGUUGAUUAUUUUAUAACAAGUAUAUUAUUUACAAAAAUAUAUGAAUUAUUAUUAAAAAUACGUUUUGUUGUAACGUAUAUUGCACCAUGGCAAGUUACUUGGGGUAGUGCAUUUCAUGCAUUUGCACAACCAUUUUCAGUGCCACAUUCAGCAAUGUUAUUUUUACAAACAAUAAUAUCAGCAAUAUUUAGUACACCCCUAAAUCCAUUAUUAGGAAGUGCAAUAUUUAUAUGUUCAUAUGUUAGACCAGUAAAAUUUUGGGAAAGAAAUUAUAAUACAAAAAGAGUUGAUCAUUCAAAUACAAGAAUGUCAUCACAUUUAGAACGUAAUCUUGGUGCUGAUGAUAAUAAUUUAAAUUCAAUUUUUUAUGAACAAUUAACACGUUCAUUACAACAUAGUUUAUAUGGUGAUUUAGCACUUGGUAGAUGGGGAAGUAUUGAACAAGGUGAUUGUUUUUUAUUAGCAUCUGAUUAUUUAAAUUGUCUUGUACAUAUUGUACAAUAUGGUAAUGGUCUUGUUACAUUUCAAUUACGUGGAUUAGAAUUUCGUGGUACAUAUUGUCAACAAAGAGAAGUUGAAGCAAUAUCAGAAAGUAUUGAAGAAAAUGAUAAUUGUUGUUGUUGUGAAAUGGGACAUUUUACAAAUGUAUUAAGUAUGAAUGCUGCAUUUGGACAAAGAUGGCUUGCAUGGGAAGUUGCUAGUUCAAAAUAUGUACUUGAAGGUUAUUCAAUAUCUGAUAAUUCAGCUGGUUCAAUGUUACAAGUAUUUGAUUUUCGUAAAGUACUUGUAACAUAUUAUGUUAAAAGUAUUAUAUAUUAUGCAAUUAAAUCACAAAAAUUAAAAAAAUGGAUUGAUAAUAUUGAAAUUAAUGGAGCAUUAAAAUUAACAAUGGAUAAAAAUUUUGUUGAUUUAGAUCCAGUAUUUAAUAUGAAUAUUGAUGAAGAUUUUGAUUAUCGUGCAAGUGGUAUUACAAGAAGUAGUUUUUGUAAUGUGUAUCUUGAUUGGAUACAAUAUUGUUCAAUUAAAAAUGAUAAAUUAAUUGAUAGAACACGUGAUUCAUUUUUGGUAUCAUUAUGUUUAUCAUUGAGUUUAUUAGGUAGAAGAGUACUUGGUGCUGCAUCACAUAAUACAGUAUCAAGUGUUGAAUUUUUUCUUUAUGGUUUACAUGCAUUAUUUAAAGGUGAUUUUCGUAUAACAUCUAUACGUGAUGAAUGGGUAUUACAUGAUGUUGAUUUAUUAAAAUCAGUUGUUGCUAAAGGUGUUAGAAUGGCAUUAAAAUUACAUCAAGAUCAUUUUAUGAGUCCAGAACAAUAUGAAGAACCAUCAGCAUUAUUUGAAGCAAUUGAUAAUCAUGAUCGUCAUCUUGUUAUUAGUCAUGAAGCUGAUCCAUUAUGGAGAAAUGCUGUAUUAAGUGGUGCACCAAGUUUACUUGCAUUAAGACAUAUAUUAGAUGAUGGAAUUGAUGAAUAUAAAGUUAUUAUGUUAAAUAAAAGAUAUUUAAGCUUUAGAGUUAUUAAAAUGAAUCGUGAAUGUGUCAGAGGUUUAUGGGCUGGACAACAACAAGAAUUAAUAUAUUUAAGAAAUCGUAAUCCAGAAAGAGGAUCAAUACAAAAUGCUAAACAAGCACUGAGAAAUAUUAUAAAUAGUUCAUGUGAUCAACCAAUUGGUUAUCCAAUUUAUGUAUCACCAUUAACAACAAGUUAUGCUGAGACAAAUGAACAAUUGUGCUCAAUUGUUGGUGGACCAAUAAGUCUCAAUGCAAUUAAAUUAAAUAUAUUAAAAUUUUGGAGAAAAAUGAGAAGAAAAUGUGGACAAGGUUGUUCUUCUGGUGGUACUGCUUCUCAGGAUGAUGGUGGUUUUGGUACUGAUGGUGGUUAUGCCAUGACAACAUAUAAUAUUCAUUCAGGAUAUAGUCAAUCUGGACACAAUACAUCAGCAUCACAAUCAAUGGAUUCAGGUUGUCAAAUUGGUGGUUCAACUGGACGUGGUUCAUUGGGACGUGUUAAUACUGGUUCACUUGGUGGUAAUCGUGGUUCAUUAGCAUCAGUUGGUAAACCAACAAGUUCAACCUUAGCAAGUCUUGCUGGUUUACUUAGUAAUAAUGAUAUGAAAAUUGAGACAAAAUGUGAAACAAGUUUUACAAAUAAAACAGAUAAAGAUGAUAUAUCACAACGUGUUAGAAUAAUGGAUCCAAAUCAAGUAUAUGAUGCUAUUAAUCUUGGUCGUAGAAUUGAUGUUAUAUGGCCAGAUGAAAGAAUGCGAAUGAUGGGUGGUAGACUUGGCUGGCAACAUUGGAUACCAGAAAGAGGUAUGGAAGGCUGUGUUGUACAUAGAUGGAUACCAAAUCAUCGUGAUCCAAAUAAACGUUCACAUGUUGAUAAAGUUAUUUUAUUAGUUAAAAUUGAUGAUAAAUAUGUACCAAUUGCUGAACAAGGAGUUAGAGAUUUAGGUGCCGAAGUUUAAGUUUCUUGUGUGUGUUUGCCUGUGUGACACAAAGAUAUUUAAUAGAAGAACAAAAACAUUAUAUGACUAGAAUAUUUAACAUAAAAAAAAACAAAAUAAAAAGGCGUGUGAUGAUGAAUGCUGCUGUGAUUGAAAUAUUAAUUAAUUAAAAAAAAAAAUAAUAAAGCGGCGUUAUUCCUCUGUAACGAGAAUCACAUGUUUAACUUUUUAUUUUUUUUUAUUUCAUUAGCUGUGAUUCUCGCUCAUCUAUACCAAAACCAAUUGUUGUAUAUCGUGUAUUAUAAUGUGUAUAUGUUUAAACGUGAAUCUGUGACAAAGUCCGAUUAAUUCUGUUGUACAUAAAAAUAAACAAAAAAACAAGCGAAAUAUUCGUGAUUUAAGUUCAAAAAAUAAUAAUUAACAAAACUGUCAUUUUUUUUUUUAAUUAUUGACAAUUGAUUUAAAAAAAUAUUGUAAAUAUAUCAUUCAUGUUUUUCUACAAUUUUGUUAUCAUUUUUUUUUUUUUUCAUUAUUAAUUUAAGUAUUGUUUUUUUUAAAUUUAUGGAGAUUUAAAAACGAUAAAUAAAUGCUUGAUUUUUAAUUGAAUAAUUAUAAAUAAUUCAGUUGACAAAAUAUUCCAGUAAAAUGAGCAGAAUAUCUUCCUUAGAAAAAAAAAAUAAAAAAAUAAAAUUAAAAGACAUAUCAGUUUUAAAUAAAUUUGAUUUUUAUAUUGUUUUUUCCUAUUUGUUAAUUGUUAUUUUAUUUUUUUUCAUUAUGCCAAUAUUUGUGCAACUGCUCAAUCAUUGUCACUGUUUUAUUAAUUUUUUUUUUGUUUAUUAUUAUAAUAAUAAUAACAAUUGAUUUUAAAAUUCCAUUUUAAUAAUUAUUGACUAAAUAACAUGUUUGUUAUUUAAUAAAUAUAAUAUAUAGUUACUUACAAUUUAUCCAGGUAAAUUUUUACAAAAUAAUUAAAUAACCAGCGAAUCACAGCAUUGCCUUAUCAUGGUGUAUUGUUAAACACCUGACUGAUGAUGAAAAUUAAUUAAUCAUUUAACAAAUAAAUUAAUAAAAGAGAAAUAGCAAAUUAAUAAUACUUAGCUAGUCUUUUAAUUGCUGGCAAAUAAAACUGAUAUAAAAAUUAAUAAUAAAUAUUGUGUGUCGAGA